CUGUCAUGUUACACUUCAUCACUGUUGUUUUUGUCUACACGAAACGUAAAAGUCGAUCUCGAGAUAUCUAAAAUAUCUUGAUUAUAUGGACAGAAAAAAGAGGUUCUAUUUAGAGUAAGCGAGUUUAUUUCGAGGCGUACAUAUGAUAGCGUGUUAGCCAAUUGGUGCAAGUGGAACCUGGCGACGGAAGUAGAAUUUAUAUACAUUAUGUACAUCUGAAUAGAAUCUAACAGAAACAAAACUACAAUUUAUAGUACCAGGUUCACGAUCUUCGAGACCUAUAUAUCUCGUUCCUACACGACAUCGAGUUGCUAAAAGUGAUAUUUCGGACGACCUGCAGCCAAACAAGACGUUUUAAAAGUGCAUGUUAAAACACCAACAUAUUCUUUAAUUAAUAAUUAAGAGAAGUUAACAAUUGUGGCGACCAGAUUACUACAUAAUAUUCUAUUGUAUUGAAAAAUGUUACUGGUGUAAUGCCUCUCAUUAUGGCGCUGACGACGACUGGUCGUGAGCAAGGUGUCUAAUAUUUAUCACGCUUUCGAUUUUAAUUUGAGCAAUAUCGAUUAGAUGUUCGAGAACUGACGCCCCUAGCCGGGCUUCCUGGGAGACGGUGUGGGCAAAUUAGGGGCUAUUAUCACGGGGAAGGGGCCAAGCAUUCCAGCACACAUGUGUGACGACUCUCUCACACCGUCAGCUGUGCAGCAGGCCCCUCCUUUGUUGUGAACGGACGGGGUUUUGUAUGCGAUAGUAGACAGAUGUGUACACACACUGGAUGAGACGUGGAGAGACGUGGAGUGCCGAACAGCUGGUCCACAGCCCCAUUGUAUAUAGUACGGGAAAAAUACAUGUGUUAGUGUUUACACCUCGCUAGUAGUGUGGAGCUCACGGAUUUACAGAGGAACGAAAGAAAAACUUACUCGGAGAAUUAAGAUGAAAUACUGCCCAGUUGAGGUUAUGCCCGCAGAGACAAUGACGUCACACGGAGGUCAUGACCCCAUGUCAAUGAUGGGUAUGCCGCAUCCCGCAAUGAUCGGUUUACCUUACAACCAGGCGAGUAUGGUGCUAGCCGGGUACAGAGACUGCGCCGCACAGGCCAUCAGCUACCUCGUAGAAGUGGAACACAUGUCUAUAGACGAUCCAUUUGUUGUUGGGUUGCGCAAUCACCUUCAGGACUAUCAAAAGUCUCCUGAUUUUGGACAGCUUUUACGUCAUCAAUUUGACGAUAUGGUGACAUCACCACAACACGAACAUUCGUUGGAUGAUUCUGGUAUUUCGGAAAGUGACAACAGCUUUGAACACACACAUUUGACGUCAUUGCAGACAGCAGAUAUAACACAGUUUGUGUCAAACGGAAAUACAGACAACAGGAGUAUAGACAUUGGUGAUGGAGAGUCGUUAAAUCUCCAUGCUUUACAAAACGGAAGUCCAGCGAUUUCCGCGCUCGCUCAAGAACUUUUGUACCUUCUGGAGGAGGAGGAGGAAGCGGAAGUGAUGUCAGAAUCUGAGACCGAGGAGGAUGUUAUAGAACAGUGACCAGUACUAGUACGAUAGUGUUUGUGAGCGUGUGUGUGUGCGCGUGUGCGUGAGCGUGUCGUAGUACACAUUCGUAUGGAACAGUGAUGUGUUAUAACAAAAGAGUACAUAGAGCUGGUCACCAGUAUCACACAAUAGAUAUGUGUACGCGUCAUUUCAACCUGUCAUUGUGGAAAGUGUCGAUAGUCAUUUAAUGUUCCUAGACGUUUUGAGAUUUCAACCAUGUAGCUUAGGCCCAGUCCAGUAGGUUUUAGGCCGAUUGUACCCGGAUGUGAUCAUCCUCGAUUAAUGGGUUGUCUAUCUCCACAACCACGAAGAUUUAUCGUUUUUCCCCCACCCAAUCAAGUUUAGAAAGUACUGUUGUUUGCCUUUUAUCCUGGAUGAAAGUAUACGUAGAUAAUAUUCCUUCUGGUCCCCGAAAUCGGCUUUAUAUUCUGUCUCUAUAUCCUUACACUGGACCCCUCUUGUAUACUAGUACUGGGAGGUGUCUCUAUAUCCUUACACUAUACUCCUGUAUACUAAUACUGGGAGGUGUCUCUAUAUCCUUACACUGUACCCCUCCUGUAUACUAGUACUGGGAGGUGUCUCUAUAUCCUUACACUGUACCCCUCCUGUAUACUAGUACUGGGAGGUGUCUCUAUAUCCUUACACUAUACUCCUGUAUACUAAUACUGGGAGGUGUAUCUAUAUUCUUACACUGUACCCCUCCUGUAUACUAGUACUGGGAGGUGUCUCUAUAUCCUUACACUGUACUCCCCCUGUAUACUA